GUUUUGUCGGCGAAACCGAAUACAAUAUUAUACUGUGUGUCAACUUCCGCUUACCUGUCUUAAAUAAUUUUGUUUUCAAAUGACAUAAUUUUCGAUGAAUUUGAAUCAGAUUUUGAUAUGUCUUGCGGGAUUGAUCCCUCUCGGAUCGGCCCUGGAGUGUUAUGUAUGCAAGGCCCAGGACAGUAAUUUUGACAAGUGUGUGAAGACAACGAUCCAGUGUCGCCAGCAUGAGGACACAUGCAGAAGCUUUAUUCAUUGGAGUCAGCCUAGAUACUGGACACCAAGAAGUGAGAGAAUUUUCUCCAUCGACAAGUCCUGCACGACAAGAUUAGAAUGUGAAAAUGAGCAGCAGAGUCUGGGUCUUCAGUGCAUGAGGGAUUGGUAUCGGGACUGGAAGUGUACAGAAUGUUGUCAAGGAGAUAGAUGCAAUUACUAUGUCACGCUUGGAGCCUCGAGUGUACGACUGAGUAUGGGCCUUCUUGUUGCGGCCUUCACUGUGAUCCAGGUUCUCGUUCAUCUGAGGGCGUGAAUCUACCUCCAUGUGACUCCAACAUAAUCUCUCAUGGACACAUUGUUCACCAUUCCUUAUAAGAUUCCAUUUGGAACUCCUUGGUCAUUUUCCAUUGAAAACAACCUAUGAUGUAUAUAGACGGUUUACCUCGUCAGAAAUCUCAACAUUUUACUACGCUGCAAGUAGAUUGUAUAGUAAUUUCAAUUUAGCAGUUAAACUUAAGGACUUUACUCUGUGAAAUCAUAAUUAUUUAUGCAAUGAUACACUUCAAUGGUAAUAAAUUUAGACAAAGUAAUAAACAAUACACAUUAAAGCACAAUCAUUUAUCAAUUCAAUCAUUUAAAACAUUACAAACUACUUCUACUGAUGUACCAGCAUAGAUUCUAGGUUGUUUUCUAUGAAAAAUGGCCGAGGUGAUCCGAAUGAGAACCACUCAGAUGUAAUGUAUUCCUACAACAUUCAAAAGUUUUGACCAGUGGAUACAACCUGUGCAACUAGUGACAUGUUUAACAUAAAAAUCACACAGACACACUGUUUUUUAACCUUCUUCUCUUGAUGUUGAGAUAUUAAGCCUUCGAAAUAACAACAUAUUUGUUUAUUCUCAAUGACAGAUUUUGAACAUGACUUUUUUUGAAUAUUUCAUUCAUUUACUUCAUAAUGAUUAUAUAGUUUAUACUCUGCAUUGAAUAUUUCACCACAAACAACCUCAUCAACACAAUGUAUAUACAUUUUGAAACAUUCUAGUUAAAAUGUAAUUGUAGUAUUAGAAUAUUACAACAGACCUUUUUUGGAACUCACAAACUUUAAAGAUACUAUUUGACUAUUCGGUUCAAAUAAAUUAAUAAAUAAAUAGUAAAUAAAUUUUCAUAAGUCUGAUAUAAAACCAUUACAAAUUUUAAGAAAAUUAAUGAUGUGCAUUUUCCAUUUUUGUGGUACAGGGAUUUUUCAAAAUGAGUUCAUCAUACACCAAGUUGUAGUUGGAAUUGUGUUUUAAAUAUUUACCAUAUUUGAACAUGCUCUAUAGUUAUUUGUUUGCUAAUACUGUAAUGGUUGAAAUAGCUGACAUUUACAUGCAAUAUUCCAGAAACUCACUGUAAAUAUUGUAUAAAUUUAUUAUAUACCUAAACAUUGUACAUAUCAUUUUCACAUGCAUUUUUUAUUUUAUUUUCUCUCAUUUUAUGCAUUAAACAUUUCAUUUUUUUUUAUAAUGUUGCUGAUAUGUAAUCCACUUUUUAUACCACAGUUUACAUACUGUAAAUGUAACAAAAGUUGUAUUAUGUGUCUCACCUUUUAUAGAACAAAGGAUUUUGGCGAUGAAAAUUUUGUUUAUCAAAAUUGACCCAAAAAUGGUUAUCCGCAUUUAAUUAAUAUUUGAUAAGACACAAAGGUUAAAGAGAACAGCAUUCGGAAAUUACUUUAUCCUAUCCUAUGAAGGCCUUUUGGUAAUAUAAACAUCUUUAAUGCUUAUUGAACUGAAUGUUUUUGUACGCUUAAUUAAUGUGAUUACAAUUUGUAAUAAAAAUGUAUAGCAGAUUUUUGUAUACAAAUAAAGUCUAUAUUAAUA